CGGAAGUCACACACACAGGCAAGGACGCACAAGUGGAGGAGAUGUGCGGCGGGAGAGGGAUCGAAAACGCUACGUCGGGGACCGCAUCUGUACUGCACCAAGGCAAAUUGGUGCUGUGACGUCGUCGCGGCAACGGCCAAACAUAGUCUAGCGACUUCUAGCGUCAAAACAAGGAGCCAAUAGCGAUUCUCACAAUCAUAACAAUAGUUGGCAACACUUCCCAAAGUCAGUGACAAAACUGUCAUAGUUGGUUGGUCGGAGAGUUGCACUUGCCGUGUUAAACAAAGUAGGCAAACCUCCACUUAGCCAGCCAGCCCUUUGACAAGGCACAUUGGAUUAAGAUGUUAAGACUCGCAUGGGCACGGUCGUCGUCAAAAAAUAGCCGCGUUGACCCAGCUCGCCUGCUAAGUAUCGUUCUCCUGGGAGGUGACAACAAGCCGCACAGUCCAGAACAGAGUCGGGACAUCAGCGGGCUCACACCACCCCCUGCCAGCGACAAGUCCCCCUCGCUGCUGAGUCCCAGGACGUCCCAAUACUGCUUCAGUAUGACAAGCAGAGCCGGUCUGAGUAUGGCGUCUGGGAGUGAGGGGCAGGGCAGCCCCCCGUCCACCCCCCAGAGACCCCCCAACCGCCUGGGACAGGAGAGGUCCCCUUACCUGCUGCAACACGCACACAACCCGGUGGACUGGUAUCCAUGGGGACAAGAGGCGUUUGACAAAGCCAGGAGUGAAGACAAGCCUAUCUUCCUGUCAGUGGGCUACUCCACGUGUCACUGGUGCCAUGUGAUGGAGAGAGAGUCCUUCGAGGACGAGGAGAUUGGAAAGACCCUCAGUGACAACUUUGUCUGUAUUAAAGUUGACCGCGAAGAGAGACCUGAUGUGGACAAAGUCUACAUGACCUUCGUGCAGGCAACCAGCGGAGGUGGUGGUUGGCCGAUGAGUGUGUGGCUGACCCCUGACCUACGACCUUUCAUUGGGGGCACCUACUUCCCCCCAAAGGACAGUGGCCGGAGACCUGGACUCAAAACUGUCUUGACCAGAAUUAUGGAGCAGUGGCAGGAUAACCGUGAAGCGUUGGAGUCAAGUGGUGAGAGAGUUAUAGAAGCUCUGAAGAAGGGAACCUCUAUCGCAGCUAACCCCGGGGAAACCCCACCCCCAGCCCAUGACGUAGCCAAUCGCUGCUUCGUACAGCUCGCACACUCCUAUGAGGAGGAAUAUGGAGGAUUCAGGGAUGCACCCAAGUUCCCCUCACCAGUGAAUCUGAUGUUCCUUAUGUCGUUCUGGUCUGUGAACCGUUCGUCCACUGAGGGGUCCGAGGCGCUCCAGAUGACCCUACACACACUCCGCAUGAUGGCCCUGGGGGGCAUCCACGACCACGUGGCACAGGGGUUCCAUCGUUACUCUACUGACUCAUCCUGGCAUGUUCCCCACUUUGAGAAGAUGCUUUAUGACCAGGCCCAGCUGGCUGUGGCCUACAUCAGCGCCUACCAGGUGUCGGGGGAGCAAGUCUUUGCUGACGUGGCCCGGGACAUUCUCCUCUAUGUCUCCAGAGACCUCAGUGACAAGUCUGGGGGCUUCUACAGUGCUGAGGACGCAGACUCUCUCCCUGCUGCGGGAGGAAGUGAAAAGAGGGAGGGGGCGUUCUGUGUGUGGAUGGGGUCAGAGGUCAGAGAACUACUUCCUGUCGUGGUGGAGGGAGCAACAGGGGGCGCUACAGAGGCUGACAUCUUCAUGCACCACUACGGUGUCAAAGAACAAGGCAACGUGGACAUGGAACAGGACCCUCAUGGGGAGCUGCAGGGCCAGAACGUGUUGAUCGUGCGUUACUCUGUGGAGCUGACAGCUGCACGCUUUGGCCUCAGUGUAGCGAAGGUCUCUGAGCUACUGGCCUCCGCUAGAGCCAAGAUGGCCGAAGUCAGGAAGAACCGUCCGGCCCCUCACCUCGACACCAAGAUGCUGGCCUCCUGGAACGGUCUGAUGUUAUCAGGCUUUGCGCGUGUCGGCGCUGUGCUGGAUGACAAGUCUCUGCUGGAGAGAGCGGUGCAGGCCGCUGGCUUCCUAAAGGAGCACCUGUGGGACGCAGAACGACAGAUCAUGCUUCGCUCCUGUUACCGUGGAGACGAGAUGGAGGUGGAGCAGGGCGCGUCACCCAUUGCUGGUUUCCUGGACGACUAUGCUUAUGUUAUCUGUGGUCUGCUGGACCUGUACGAGGCCACGCUGCAGCCAGAGUGGCUCCGCUGGGGGGAGGAGCUACAGGACCGACAGGACCUCCUCUUCUGGGACGCAGAGGGAGGGGGCUACUACUGCAGUGACCCCACAGAUCCCACCGUACUGCUACGACUCAAACAGGACCAGGAUGGUGCAGAGCCCAGUGGUAACUCUGUGUCUGCCUUGAACCUACUGCGUCUGUCCCACUACACUGGUCGUAAGGACUGGUCACAGCGGUCACAACAGCUACUGGCUGCCUUUUCUGACCGGCUGACCAGAGUCCCCAUAGCCCUGCCAGAGAUGGUCAGGGGACUGAUGGCUAACCACUACACACUCAAACAGAUAGUAAUCUGUGGCCAGAGGGAUGCACCGGACACCUCCAGUCUGCUAGCAACAGUCAACUCUCUGUUCCUUCCACACAAGGUCCUGAUGUUAGCUGAUGGGGAGACAGAGGGCUAUCUGUACCAGCGUCUACCCGUCCUCUCCUCCCUGACCUGCCAGGGUGGCAGUGCCACAGCAUACGUGUGUGAAGACUUCACCUGUGCCCUGCCCGUCUCAGACCCACAGGAGCUACGCAGGCUACUGCUAGAGUAAAGAAGAGCGGGAGGGAUGGCGAGAGAAAUCGAGGGAGAGAGGACCAGAUGAACCCUGUCCUAACCUGCUCCAGCUAACCCUGUUCUAACCCUGCCCCGCUCACCUCUACCUCUACCGUAGUUUAACCACCUGCACAGCAGGUAUAACACAUCCCUCUGUAACCUUACAGUAACCAUACUCUCCCUGGCCCUUGCCAUAAGGGCCAAGUCUAAAUGCUCUGUAGAUAGUGGGACCCACCACGUAUAUCAACAUGUGGAGGCGCGUAUCUCUAGGAGUCACAAGCCAGCAGUUCUAAUAACAGCAGUUGUCUGCAUAACUUAGUCACAGACCUACUAAAGCGAUACGUAUGUAGAUGUAGAUGUCAGUGGAGGCUGCUGAGGGGAGGACGGCUCAUAGUAAUGGCCGGAUUGGAGUCAAUGGUAUCAAACGUGGUUUGAUAUCAUUCCAUUGACUCCAUUCCGGCCAUUAUUAAGAGCCGUCCUCCCCUCAGCAGCCUCCACUGGUAGAUGUUGAUAGAUAGUGUCCCAGGGAUGCAUUGAAGAAUUGGACUGAAGAUGUAGUAGAGAACUCUCUUUAUGGAUGAACUCAUACAGAAUGUUCUUCUCCUUUCCUGAUAUUAUCACACAAGCUCUUGCAUGGAGCAGACAGGAGAAGCGUGUGUGCGCGUGUGCGUGCUUAAAUGCGCUAUGAACUGCCCUUUUCUCUCCAUAACUCACUCCCGUAGCCUGUUAAUGCCCUCUAGCAUGCUAUGACGCCCAAACUAUAGUAUAAAGACCCAUAGAUGUAUAGACUAUGCAUACGAUGUAUGGAACACUCUACAGCUCUAACUCUGCAAAUAAACAGUACUUGAAUACUCUUA